AAACACAAACCAGACCAUGUAUCCCAAUGUUUUCUUACAGGUUUAGUCAAUUUCAACGGAUAGUUUUGUAAAUCGUUGUAGGCUUUUAUUUUGAAACAGCGCGGAAAACCCGGAAGUAAAGCACGGAUCUAGCACUCCUUUACAUUGUUAUCGUAUUUGCAAAGCGGUGCAGAAUAAGCAGUUUUAGUUUACUGCAAUUGUUUCUAAAACCGUAAUCCCACCAUAAACGAGAUGACAGUGCCAGUGGUGAACCUUUCUUUUGCUGCGUGUGGAUUCCUGGGUAUCUACCAACUGGGCGCAUGUGGAGCCAUCCUGAGACAUGGAGACAAGCUGGUGAGCUCUCUCAGGGCAUGUGCCGGGGCAUCUGCUGGAGCUCUGGUGGCUGCAGUGAUGGUCACUGCUCCAGACAAACUACAGAGUGUCAAAGAAUUUACCUUCAGAUUUGCAAAAGAUGUCAGAAGCCAGAGGUUUGGAGCUGUGACACCUGGAUAUAACUUCAUGCUUACACUCAGGGAGGGAAUCGAGGAGUUUCUGCCUGGCGAUGCCCACAUUAAAGCAGGCAAUCACCUUCACAUCUCUAUAACACAUUCAAAAAGUGGCAAGAACACCGUCGUGUCCAGCUUUGCCUCCAGGGAGGACCUCAUAAAGGCACUCUUGGCCAGUAGUUUUGUGCCCGUCUAUGCUGGAAUCAAACCGGUGGAAUGGCAAGGACAGAAAUGGAUUGACGGGGGAUUCACGGAUAGUCUCCCCAUCCUGCCAGAGGGACGUACCAUCACAGUCUCCCCCUUCGCAGGUCCCCAAGACAUCUGCCCAAAACACAGAGGGCUCAUGAACCUCCACCUCAAACUGGCCAACAUGGACGUAAUGUUUUCCAAGGAGAACAUCAUCAGGUUAAACCAGUCCUUAUUCCCUCCGUUAGAGGAAAGGAUGAACCAGUAUUGUAAAGAGGGUCAUGACGAUGCAGUGAGGUUUCUGAAGAACGAAAACUGGAUCCAGUAGUGUUGUAUUUCAGUAACAUCCCAGUCCAAUGGAGCAGUCCUGGAACUUGGAUCCUUCCCCUCCCAGUUGGUGGAUUUCCCUACUGCUCAGAGACAGAUCGAAGCACUUUCUGAGGACUGAGAAUAUGGGAAGUCCUUUAUCACUCGACUGAAAUAUAAGGCUUACCAGAACCUUUCAUGGAAACGCCUCGUCUCUUAUGCAUGAGGACAUUUAGAUAAUCUGAGCAAUUUAUCUAGUAAUCUACUAUUCUAUUCGAUACGUUGACUGGUUCUGACUUCCCAUUUGCAUUCCUAUAAAUAUACCCUACUAAACCACCGCAGAUGCAAACUAAAGCCUCUCUGCACCUGCACUUUUUAGGUUGAGUAUUUUUACUCCUAUAAAAAAAAAGUAACCUAUUAACAAAAAAUAUUGUUUUAACCGAAAAUGUGACAUCUGGCUGUUCGGCCUCUGUUGACCUGUUCUUCUGAAGCUGUAUCAGACCGUACCUUUCU